GUGACCGCCAGAGGUCCUCCCAUGUGAUGUGACUGAAGCCUGACGGACUGAGCCUGUCUGCUAUGGCUCCUCCUGCUUCACAGGGACGGGGAGAGACGUAACAGCAGUGCGGGGGAACGGCAACAACACAGCGGUACGUUUUUCAGGAGCUACGGCUAAACAUGGCAGACCGUGCAAUGCUGGAGAAAAAGACCUAGAUUAUGUACCCGGAGACGCCUCUUCUGCUGUGAAGGCUUCGACGUUUCUUCAAGAUUACCAACACCCCAAAUGAACUCCGUCAGAGCAAGUAACGUUAGCAGAAGACCCAGGCGAGUGUCGAGGCCGCGCCCGGUGCAGCCGGAGAGGAACCCCCAGGAAAGAGGUGAUGUUAGCCGGGCUGGUGUUCGCUGAUCAGAAAGGCUUUUUUACAUGCUGUGCUGUGUUGUGUUGUUUAACUAGGUCGUGUGUUGUGUAUGCCCCAAAUGCAGAAUGCACACAGGAGCAGCGUUACGACAAAACAGUAGGGGUCUAACAGCAGGCUCGAAGUGGCGCUGUGCCGUCAGGAAACACCGAGGCUUUUGUAUUAGCACUUAGCAUUUAGGCCGCGCUUUGUUUUGCUUGAUUUUUGCCCCGAGUCGGCCUGUCUUUUGGUGUCUGACCUCAUACCCCCGCAAAUUUCUGACUAUAUGUUCGCCAGCGAUACACUUAUGGUGUCACUGAUAAGCGUUAGACAAAAAUAGCUUUUUUUCGAGGAUGACAAACGCAGAGUAGGACACAUAAAGUGGGUUUGCCAGUUGCCGUAGCAUGCUAACUGGACCUAGCAUGUGCUAGCUGUUAUUAUUAUGCUGCAUUCACGUUCUAAUUAAAUGCUUGGAGAUUCCAUAAUUAAGGAGCUAUUCUUUGACUUUCAAUUUCUCCGCGUUCAGUACCACAUUAGUUAUUAAGAGUAAGUGUGAGAGAGGGUACAUUUUAAUUUUUUUAUCAAAUCAAUUUUUGUCAAUAGCAAGAAUAUGGGGGAGGUUUACUGACAACACUAAUGGCAUUUUGAGAGACAGACAAUGAUGUACAGAUAAUUAGAAAUAUUGUAAAAGGGAAGAUGGGGGUGGACUUUAAACGGAGCAGCAGUUGUGAAAAUAACAUAACCUUCAAAUGCCAAGCGUGUUUGAGAUUUUUGGGACUGAAGAUUGUGCAACAGUAUUUAUUUAUUCAUUGUUGUCUUGUUUUAAUUAUUAUUAUAAUAAUACUAGUUUCCCGAUGCGAAAUUGACUCCAAUUGAGGAAAGAAAUAGGCUCUGUCAUUAAUAACUUAAGUGUGCUCAAGUUUGUUGAUUUAGGAUUAAAUAGGAAACUGCAUGUACAGUAACUCAUGAUCACAAUUUUACACUUAAUAUCAAUUGACAGCAUCUUAAUUCUCAGUCAAAAAAUUAUCCAGUUGAUUUUCUAAAGCUGUUCUGCCCUUUGUCAACAUACAAAAUCUUCGGGUUUUUAAGUUGUCAUGGUUUGGGGAAGCCUUUAUGGAGAUAUUUCCUAUGAAAAGCUAUUUUUUCCGAUUUUUCCGACAUCACUUGAAUGCAUGGUUAGCAUGUUUGGCUAGCGAUGUGCGUGUUGGCGUUAUUGUAUUUAAAAGCCACCGUCUGCUUACCUUUUGCGAGGUUCAAAUACAAAUUGUGUUAAUUUAAUCAAUUUUAUGAAUGUAGAACCGUUGUUUAUGCUAUUAUACUUUAUCAUUCUUUUUCUACAGUAAUGCCGUUUGACAACAGAUGGUGUAAUGUUACAAACCGAGUCCUGGUUGUAAUUUUUCAAUGUAACAUGAGCGAGGAUGAUUUUUAUCACAAUUGCCACGACUGAACUCAAUACAAAGGAAACACUUAAUGUGUGCACACUGAUCAAUGACAUUAGUAAUGAGCGUUUUAACCUGAAUCAACAAUUUUGCACUGCAAAGCCUGCACUGCUGUGUUUUAUAGAAUGGACAAACUAUAUACCAUACGGAUUUUGGUAUUUUAUUAGUGGCUGUGGUUGUUGUUGUGCACCAGUGAAACCUUUUUAUAUUAAAAACUUGACAAAUUGAGGAUCAUACUUUUCAUGCGUGACCAGAGCUUCUUGUCCUCAAAGGCCACCAUUGCUUAAUAGAUGGAAGGGGUGAGCAAGGGAGCAUUUCAGUCUGCAUCUGACAGCUAUAUGUUGCCAAACCUUCCCAUUUAUGCACACUGUGUAAGUGCCACUCAUGCCUCUUGUGUAUAUUCAUAAAGUUAUGCUAACACAUGCGUACACAGGAAUAAAUUUCACUUUAAUACAAAUGGUAAAAGAAAGAGAGAAUGAAAUCACCCUCAAAGGCGUCAAAUAAACAGAAACCAACCAUUAGAAUUGUAAUCCUCACAGCGGUAGGAGUUUCCUUGAGUGCUCAAUCUCUUUGAAUAAAUGAAUUUACUCUGUCAAAGGGCUAUCCAGAUGUCCUCAGCAAAGCUCUGUUUUCAUAUUGAGUUUACAUUAAGUGCCAGAGUAACGGCGCUGCAACGGUAACUUUCCUAUUCCCACCUCCCCAAGUGUAUGCGCUGUGAAAUUGAUGUACAUUUCUGCUCAUAAAUAUGUGUGUCAUGGACGGGAGAACUUUUAUAUCGUGUCAGUAUACUACCUUGACUGUCAGAGUGUCAUGCAGACAGUGUUUGUAGUGGUUACUGGGAUAGUAGCUGGGAGUCAUCUUUGCAACCAGAGCAACAAGCUGAGAGUUUGCAUCUCUCAUCUGCAGUGGCUAUGAACUCAUCAUACCGCUGUGAAUAAUAAGUGUGGUUUUGGCGGUUUCUUGAUUGAAUCCCCUCUUGAAAGGAUCAGAUUUUAGAAUAUAAAGCUGGUGCUUCUUCUGCUAUUUUUAGGGUUAAAAAAUGUAGUAAAUCCUACAUAGAUGAUUGUCUAUCUUUGCUUGUUGUUAUGUAUUGCUUGAUGCUAUCUGUUUAUACUAUUUGUCAUUAACUGUAAGUGAUCAUUCUGCAUUCAAUAAACAUAAUUGAUAUGGUGAAAUAUAAAAAGCGCUUGCUCAUGUGUGUACAUCUGCAAUAUUUACAUGUAUUGCCUUUAUUAAAGCAUUGCAAACUCAUGCCCUUCCAAUAUUUUCUCCACUUUCAGAUGAGGACGUUCCUGCAGAUAUGGUCGCAGAAGAAUCCGGUCCAGGAGCUCAGAACAGUCCCUACCAGCUUAGAAGAAAGUCUCUACCCAAGAGAACAGUGUGUCCGACGAAGACAAACAUGGAGGUACAUGUUCCAAUUAAGACGGAUAGGAAUGUGAAGAUAGUGAAGGUGAAUAUUUGAUCUACAUGAAACACAAUGAGAAAUACUGACAUGUCUGUUCUGCUUCUUUUUGAACCGACAGGGUGCAUCAACUUCAACCACAGAAAACUUUGGACACCGACCUAAGCGCCCCAGAGUUUCCGGAAAAUGUCAAGAUUUACCAGGUAAUGAGGAACACAUUCCACAAAGGUGCAUUCAUCACCGAGGUUAUUUCAGUAAGGUCACAGCUUAAUAACUUCUCCUGAAUGACGACAGCGUGGAAACUCUUGAUUUGAUGUGAAUAACUGUAGAAUAAACAGGAAGUUUUUCCUGUUUGGCUGUAUAUGGAGUGUAAUAUGCUGUUUACAAAUAAUGCCAUGAGUAAAUGUUUUUUUUUUUUUUUUUGAUCAAGUACAAGAUUAGAAGUUUCACUUUCAUUUUCACAGUGAGACCUCUAGCUUUCCUUUCAUUUUAAGUCAAGUUUUGGGAUGCUAUUCUGGGGUAUUUUUUUUGCACUGCCAGUUUUCAAGCGCUCUCCUCGUCUCUGACAAAACAUAAUCUUACAAAAUCUUAAACCAGGCCCAAAAAGUCUUUCAAAAUGGGCAGCUUUGCCAAAGCAUCAAAAUACAUGUUUUCCCUGUGAAGUGGCAUUUGGUUCUGGCUUUGUGGUGUCAAAGUAAAAGGUCACAUCCCCUGGUUAUGAACACACUGAAGCUCUGAUUCCCUCCGAGGACUUGAAUAAAUUCGACUGUCAAAAAUACUAAAGCAAUUUUUUUGCCUGUAAAUGAUAUGAUGUCAACAGCACUCGGUAUUUUGCAUGUAGAAUCAUUACUGUGCACCUAAAAAGCAGUGUUAAAACAAGGAGUUAGAGGCAGGUUUUUUAAACGAACAUCAGCAGAUAUAACCUUCAUCUCUCUCUAAAUCCCAGAGUCCCAUAGAAAAGGUUCAGACAGACAGCUGCACCGCGCUCAGUCCAACAAGAAGUACCCUGUCUCACUGCUUUCAUAUCAUCUUUGCUCUUCAGAAUUGUAGUAAAAUUAACUUGAUUAUUUUUUAAUCAAUCUGAAAACAUCUGCAGAGCAUUUAUGUCAUGCAAAAAUCGAGCCAGCAGCACCAUGUGUAAUUCUGCGAUUUAUUUAAACUGACCGUUUUUUGUGUUGAGGGUCAGGGCUCUCAAUUGUCACAUGCAUUUGCUGCACAAAGAAGUUAGUUUGCCUCCGUCCACCAACAGCACAGACACAAGAAUAAACAAAGUCAAUUAAUGUUUUUUUAAUGAUCUCUUUCCACAACUCAUCUUGUGUUAUUCUAAAGCAGUGGUAAAAUUUGUGCUCAUUUUUCGUCGGUUUGUUAAGCAAACAGAAAAGUUCAGUCUCUGAAUACUGGUGAUUGAUAAUUCACUAUAAAGGCAGUAUUUGCAUGGAAAUGCAUUAGUCAGAGCUAAAAGAGAAGCCAUAUAAUUACAUAUGGUCACCCUAAUGUAUUUAAUCAUAGAGCAUCUUUUGCAGUGGACCAAAAUUAGCAUUUUCUGGGAGCCUGAUGUCUGUAGUAAUUUGUUGCUGCUGUCCAACCUGUACUUUAACCCAGUUUUAAAUAAACACAUUAUUCUAAAUCCACCAUCCUCUUCCUCUUCCAGCAGCUCCAGCCGAGCAGUAUUUGCAGGAGAAGCUUCCAGAUGAGGUGGUGCUGAAGAUCUUCUCGUACCUGUUGGAGCAGGACCUGUGCCGUGCAGCAUGUGUGUGCAAACGCUUCAGUGAGCUGGCCAAUGACCCCAUCCUCUGGUGAGACUCUUUAUGUUAAAGAUUGUUUGUUUGAUCACAGUGAUGGAUAAUAGCAUCUUGUCCAAAAGUACAACUCUGAAACCUCAAACUGGAUCUGAACUUGGAAAAUUAGGGCUGAUCAGCUGUAGAUUUUAAACACAGCCUCCUCUGCAGUACGUUCUUCUUCCCUCGCUCCCACUCUUAAAUCCAAGUUGAUGAAAAUAAUACUGGAUCACAGAUUUGCAAAUUUAUCAGAGUGAUGGUUCCAUACUACUUUUAUACAAAGACUAAACAGCAUUAAAUUUGUUUUUCAGGAAGAGGCUGUACAUGGAAGUGUUUGAAUACACGCGGCCCAUGAUGCACCCAGAGGCAGGGAAAUUUUACCAGAUAAACCCGGAGGAGUACGAGCAGCCAAACCCGUGGAAAGAGAGCUUUCAGCAGCUGGUAAGAAUCCUCAUGUGGAAUAACCGGUUCAUUCAUUUCCAAAUGUAAUCAUGUAGAAAAGAAAACACCAUCACACAGCUUUCAGAGCAUCCGCUCUGCUCUUAUUGUCACCUUUAUGGUCGUUAUCUUUGAUGGAAAAUAUGUUUGAAUGUAGGGAUGUGUGAAGCAGAGAACAUAAAGUGUUUAGAUACAGAUAGUUAUCCUCGUGUUCGGUCUGACUCUGCUCUGUUGCUCCCUCGUCCACUUUGUCCACACUCACUGGUCGCAUUUUCAGAGGCAGCAUAGAGCCAGACAUCUGGAGAGGAGUUAAUACGGUUUUACUGAUACCAGCGCUGAUAUCGUUUCAGCUUAUUGAUCCAACCCUUUAUCAAUCCCUGGGGAUUUUCUCUUGGGGAGAAAAACAGGUCUUCACAGGGUUUCUGUGUCAACACACAUUUUGUUUGACUCUGCAGAGACGCCUUUACAUGUCAGCUGAUUGCAGAUACAGCCUCUGAUUGGUUGACGAAUCAAAACAAAGAUGGUAGCCUCAGUCUAGCAUAGUCAACAACAGAAAUGACCUAAAAUUAACUCAAAAAUCAUCACAGGUUACCUCAGUUUAUGUGAGAUAGGAUCCAGUCAGUCUUUGGCAAUACAUGGAUCUUCUCUCUGGAUCUGCUCUGUGCGGAUUGAUUCCUCACACUGGCAUCCCUCAAUAAUUGAAACUGUGUGUGUUUGCUGCGGAGGGCUCUGAAUUUCUGGAACUGAUAGGAAACGCAGCAAAGCCAGUGGAAACGCACACACACGGACUAGAGUGAAUUCUAUCAGCCCUGCUUUUUAUAUAUAAGAUCUAUGAUGAUUAUGAUUGAUUGAUUGAUUCAUCUUUUUUCCAGUAUAAAGGUGCACACGUGAAGCCAGGCUUUGCAGAGCAUUUCUACAGCAAUCCAGCCAGAUACAAAGGGAGAGACAACAUGUUUGUAAGUGACUAUUUUUGAUGUUUUUUAAGUAUUUUACUGACCUUUAAUGCUGCAGACACUCACCUGACUGUGGAUGUUUUUUUCAAGUACUAUGACACCAUUGAGGACGCUCUCGGAGGCGGUCAGGAGCCCCACUUUGACGGCCUGAUAUUCGUCCACUCUGGUAUUUACACAGAUGAGUGGAUCUACAUCGAGUCGCCUAUCACGAUGAUCGGAGCAGGUACGUUUUAAGUAAAAUCACGGCUACAAUUUCAAUGUUCUUGCUAUUUUCUCCUAUUAAUCCAGUCUCUCCGGUUGUUUUCUAGCUCCUGGAAAAGUAGCAGAGAAAGUCAUCAUUGAAAACACCAGAGAUUCAACGUUUGUGUUCAUGGAGGGCUCAGAGGAUGCUUACGUUGGAUACAUGACCAUCAGGGUGAGAUUAUGUUCCUCUUUAUUGGCGUUUGGCGGCUGCAGGUGGAGUGUAUUUCAAACAUUACCCAAGUGAUGCUGUAUUGAUAACUGUCAUCGUCCUGCAGUUCAACCCUGAUGAUAAAUCCGCUCAGCACCACAACGCACACCACUGCUUGGAGAUUACAGUCAACUGCAGCCCCAUCAUCGACCACUGCAUCAUACGUAGCACGUGCACAGGUAAGCUCCUUUAGCGUUUGAGUUCACAUGCAGCAUGCCCCCCAAGUUCCCGGUGUGCUAAAAAUCUCCCUCUUGUUUCAGUGGGGUCAGCGGUGUGUGUCAGCGGCCAGGGUGCUUGUCCCACGAUCAAGCACUGCAACAUUAGUGACUGUGAAAACGUUGGUCUUUACAUCACGGACCAUGCCCAGGUAAGACGCAGCUUCCACUUGUGGAAAAAUGAAGAUUUUGGAGUGUGAAAUGUGUACAAAUACAAAACUUGAACAUGUUUCUCUGCUCAGGGAAUAUAUGAAGACAACGAGAUCUCAAAUAACGCUCUCGCUGGGAUCUGGGUGAAAAACCACGGCAACCCAAUCAUCAGGCGGAAUCACAUCCACCACGGCAGAGACGUGGGGGUUUUCACGUUCGACCACGGCAUGGUGAGCUCCAACUUCUAAAUUCCGAGACACGCAGUGAUGCUACUUUUCUUUACUGAUAAUUUCUUGCUUCCCCGUCUCUUUCCAGGGUUACUUUGAAAGCUGUAACAUCCAUAGGAACCGUAUAGCCGGUUUCGAGGUGAAGGCGUACGCUAAUCCGACAGUGGUGCGAUGCGAGAUCCAUCACGGUCAAACGGGGGGAAUCUACGUGCACGAAAAGGGCCGAGGACAGUUCAUCGAAAACAAGAUCUAUGCAAACAACUUUGCCGGGGUGUGGAUAACGUCAAACAGUGACCCGACAAUAAGGUCAGUUCAGCUCCGUUAUAAAGGUCUAAAAUGAAACUGGUACUGUUUUGAACUUGAUGUGUUGAACUAAAAUUGGUCCCCUUAUCACAGGGGGAAUGCCAUAUUCAACGGUAACCAAGGUGGCGUCUAUAUUUUCGGUGACGGUCGAGGCCUAAUCGAAGGUAACGACAUCUACGGCAACGCCCUUGCAGGAAUUCAGAUCAGGACAAACAGCUGCCCCAUCGUCAGACACAACAAGAUCCACGAUGGCCAACAUGGUGGCAUCUACGUGGUAAGUAUGAGUAAAUGUUUUUACCCAUGGGAUCACUCCGAUGUUUCGUUUAUACCUUUAGAUUUGUAGGCAUGUCUCAUAUUAUUCAGCAGUUCAAAUUCCGUUUCUUUCCAAAGAUAGCAGGGAUUCAUGGUGUUAUUUUUUCCUCAUUUCACAGCAUGAAAAAGGUCAGGGCGUCAUAGAGGAGAACGAGGUGUACAGCAACACGCUGGCAGGUGUGUGGGUGACGACGGGCAGUACGCCAGUGCUGCGGAGGAACAGGAUACACAGUGGGAAGCAGGUAGGGUCACAAGUUUAAGGAUGAGAAAUAAAUGUCAAAUAAAAAUGCCCCAUAAAGGCACCCGUUAGCCGUAUGAAUGUUCACGUCUGAAUGCAGGCCACUCUGCUCAGUUACUGUUUGAUGUUUUUGUUUGUUCUGAUCAGUCGUUCAUCUUUUGAUGUGCUGUCCUGGCAUGCAUUUUCUUGAAAAAUAGAUUUUAUGUGAGAAAAGUCCAGGUUCAAUCAAGGUCAGAAGCACUCAGGCUCAGAUCUAUGAAAGAAAUUUUUGUAUUUCUAUUCCUGGAGGUUUUUUGAGUCCUACAAAUGGAGAGUUGUAGAGUAACAGAUCUGGAAAUUGUGUGUUAUUAUGUCUGCAGGUUAUUUUCAUAUGUUUUGAGACUGCCUGUUACAUUUCUUCUACGACAGGUUGGGGUUUACUUCUACGACAACGGCCACGGUGUGCUGGAGGACAAUGAUAUCUACAAUCACAUGUACUCUGGAGUUCAGAUCAGGUUUGUGCACAAUGAAAACGACAUUGAAACUAUUUCAGACGACAAACAAGACUACUCUGUUUUGUAUUGCUUUCUCCAAGUACAUUCAGUUUUAAGUAUUGUCUCUGUGUGUGUCCUUCUCUCUGACAGGACUGGCAGCAAUCCCAAGAUCAGGAGGAACAAGAUCUGGGGAGGUCAGAAUGGAGGCAUUUUGGUUUACAACUCAGGUAAAAAGCUGAGAAGAGAUUUCUGCCGUAUUUAGUCACAAAGUCAAGAUUGUAUUUUACCUUCGAGGUUGUCUCUUGUGUUAAAAAACAUGAAUUUGUGUUUCAGGCUUAGGCUUUAUUGAGGACAAUGAGAUCUUUGACAACGCCAUGGCAGGAGUUUGGAUAAAGACCGACAGUAACCCCACUCUGCGGAGGAACAAGAUCCACGACGGACGAGACGGCGGCAUCUGUAUAUUCAACGGAGGAAGAGGUAACAUCGAGUUCUGUCCCCUAACAAUCUAUUCUGUUAAAUUUAGUUUAAAAAAUCUCGAAAUAUAAAGGUUAAAGGCAAAUAUCAGGUUAAGAGGUUGGAUGUCAGUACUCGAUGUUGGAUAAGUUUCAAAUCUUGAGGCAGAUGUUUGUUGGAGUUGUUCCCAGGAUGAGACCGUGACUCAAGAAUUACUCAAGUGGGACACAAGUCACAGAUUGGUGAAUCUCCUUAAAAUAAAUCAUUGGCGAAAUACUUAACAGAUAAAAACAUCCUGCUCGGUUCUGUUUUUACUCUAGAUUUUCUUGUUCCUUUUCCUAACUACACGAGCCAGAUUUGGGGUCCAAAACAAAAUUCAUAAUAAUUCAUUUUGGGUGGAGAAACACUCAUUAAAUGACAACAAUUACUUAGCAUGGCAACAAGGGAAGAGUUUUUCAGAGAGCUGACUUUACGAGUUAGAUUUUUCACCUCCCUCUUGUUUUUGUCUUUUGUCAGGUUUGUUAGAGGAGAACGACAUCUUCAGAAACGCCCAAGCAGGAGUCCUCAUCAGCACCAACAGCCACCCUGUCCUGAGGAAAAACAGGAUAUUUGACGGCUUUGCAGCAGGUGAGUAACCCCUCAGCUCAGGCUGUAUUUUACUCAUUAACACACCUUUUUAUUGUUAAAAUCUGCACAAAAAUAAGUGUCCUAGAGUGAAUGUAUGCAAAUGAAGUGGUUAUUUUUUAUACUACCAAGGUAUUGAGAUCACCAAUCACGCCACAGCGACUCUGGAGGGGAACCAGAUCUUCAACAAUCGCUUCGGGGGAUUGUUUCUUGCAUCUGGUGUCAAUGUUACGAUGAAAGGUAAACACUAGGUCAAAAAAACAAAUCCUAAAGAAAAUUGCGGAAGUUUCCUCCUCCUCGUGAAAUACGUCAUCUGUUUUUUGUGUGUUUUUGUUGCAGAUAAUAAAAUAAUGAACAAUCAAGAUGCCAUUGAGAAAGCUGUGAGCAGAGGUCAGUGCCUGUACAAGAUUUCAAGUUACACCAGCUACCCAAUGCACGAUUUUUACAGGUAAUCUAACCAUCCUGCUCAUCAUAAAGGAGAAUAAAGUUUCCUCUGUUGUUUUUCUGCUCUGUGAUCAUUAUUAACAAAAACACACUCUGGGUUUUCGCAGGUGUCACACCUGUAACACAACAGACCGAAACGCCAUCUGUGUGAACUGCAUCAAGAAGUGUCACCAAGGACACGACGUGGAGUUCAUCAGACACGAUAGGUCAGUCACUCUGAUCCAAGAUCCACUCAAAAAAAUUUUGCUGCUCAGAGUGAAGUGAAUCAGACCGUGGGCUGUGUCCAAAAUCACACACACACAUUCUUGACUCCCUAACCAUGGGAAUUUCAUGACGCGGACUGUGCACCAGGCUUAUCAGCAUAAUGGAAAACCACUCAGACACAGCUCUCACCCACCCUAACUGAACAAAAAUAGCUGUUGCAUGACUAAAAUGAGCAAAAACAGCACAACUUAUUUGAUACUGGAAGUAUUCUUAACCAAUAGUUGCAGAUAUUAGGAGCAGAAAUUGGGAUGUACAAUAAUAUGUAGCUAUAAGUUGAGCUGCAAACAUCUGAAGUUAGGCUUUUACCUGAUUUUGCUCAUAUGUUGAUGUUGUUGUGUUGUACUUACUCUUACGAAGUUUGAGUUUUAGCUGCAGUCCUUUCAGAGUCAAAAUCAAGAAUAAAUAUGACCAAAGGAAGUCGGCUUCAUCUCAGUUUUUAUCUGCAUCAGACUUCAGGGACUCUCCUCUUUAGGAUAAGAGUAUAUCAGAUACAGGACCAUGACCAGAGUCGGAGCUGAAAAUGAGUUUUGAAAGUUGUUCCUAAUAGGUCUCAGGAGUCUUCUGGUCCUUGUUUUUCUCCUUGAACGGCCUGUACUCAAACACCAUCCUCUCUCUCUCUCUGCAGAUUCUUCUGUGACUGUGGUGCAGGGACGCUGUCGAAUCCUUGCACGUUAGCUGGAGAGCCGACUCACGACACGGACACACUGUAUGACUCGGCUCCUCCUAUAGAGUCCAACACGCUGCAGCACAACUGAGCUCCGGUUUGUGCCUCUGCAGUAACGGACACCAGACACUUUACGUUGUGCAGCGGAGGAGGGAAACCCAAAACUUAAAUACAGAUUCACUUUCACAGAGCAUAUACAAUGACUUUCAAAAAGACGUGGAUAUGCUAAAAGGAGACGUUCGGAGAAAAAGUCUGAUCAAGGAUGCCUCGCUUUUUCUUUUUCCCUCGGUUAUUUGUCAGAAGAGACCACGUCGGCGGGACGGAGCAGGGAGGGGGAGCUGACUCAGGGUUUGUGGGUGUGUUGGUAACGUGAGCGAAAGAGAGAGACGGACGGAAAGCCACCGAGGCUCGCCUGCUUUUACGAAGAGGAUCCCCGCAGUUAUGUACAGACCCAACGCUCAGUCAGAAGAGGCUCAUCUUUAUUCAUGCGGAGGCGAAAAAAGCCCCAAAUUCAACGAUGCUUCCAUCACUGAGCAACAAACGUGCUCGUACGAAAAGUAUGAGGAAAAACGACCUAGCACUUCAGCUUUUUUUUUUUUUUUUCUCAAGACAACUGUUGAGAUUUGAUUUUAUUGCUUUUUGUGUAGUUUUGUAUUUUCAUGCAAAAAUCUUACUGUACUUGAAUGUCUUUAUUUUAUUAAAUGUGUUUAAAUUUUUUUUUUUUGGUUAUUAUACCCUAGAUUGCUGUAAUUGUACAUGUCGCAGUAUCUAACUUCUUUCUGUGAAAGAGAUCAGAGAAAAGAGAGGAAAACACUAAAACACUUUCUCCAGCAAUGUUGACUCCUUCAAAUCUGCAAUAUAGAAAAUAAUAGUAGAUGCUGAAAUGUGCUUUCGCAGGACGACCUUUUGGCCUUUUCUGUUUUGGGAUAUCCCCUCAAACGUGUGUUUAUGCAGGUUCAGUGACGUUUCAGUGGGUUUUUACAUGAUCUAUGCAUUUUUUCUGUUUUUAUCAGCCUCUCAAACACUAGCGGGGAUGUUUUUAAGCAUUAAGACAAUUUAAGGACAUAAUCUGAACCCUUUGUAUUCUAGUUAAGACACAGCCCUCUCUCUCUAUUUCUCAUUUCCCUUUAAGUGUCCAAAAGAAAAACCAAAAGGACGUCUUGUGAAAGCGCAGAUCAUUCGGAUGUGUAUUUUUUGUUUGUUAAUGUUGCUGGAGAAUUUAAAAAUGCUUUUACUCUACUGAAGCUGAGACACGUAUCUAUAUACAGCGCUAUAUUGUUUCAUUGCCCUCCCUCCUUCCCUCCCCAUUCAUGUGUACUGGUGAUUGUGGGUUCUCAUACAGACUGAAAUGUAUGCAUGUAUCAUAACAUCUAGACUUAAUAUAUUGUGAAGUAUUCAAUAACCGUUAUGUAGGCGCUAGCGUGAAUUAAAAGGGUUUAAUUUCCUAGAUGAAACAUUGUCAUUUUUUAAAAAUAAACUUUAUUAGAUCAUAA